UACUAGACUAGACAAUCCUUUAUGUAUCUGCCUUGUGCCUCUUUGUAAGCCUAUUAUCGGCUCAUACUGAGUUGCUAUGGCUUCCAUCGGCUGGGUGUUAUUGCUCUUUCUUGCUCAGCUCCACACACUACUCUCCACCUCUAUUGCCCACCGUGCUGAUGGUGGUAACCUCACUCACCUCCCUGUCUCAUUUUUGUGCCAUCCAAACCAAGCUAAGGCGCUCCUCCAGCUGAAGAAGUCCUUCUCCUUCAGCAGAUCCACCACCAGGCUUUCGUCAUGGCGAAAUGGUACCGACUGUUGUCUCUGGGAGGGUGUUGGCUGCGACCCUUCCUCUGGCCAUGUCACCAUUCUCGACCUCAACAACCGUCGCUUGUCAACUCAUGGCUUGGACCCUGCACUCUUCAGCCUCAUAUCACUUCAGCGACUCGACCUUAGCAUGAAUGACAUCAAUGGAGACAACAUCCGUUCUGCUGGUUUUGAGAGGUUCACUUUUUUAACCCACCUAAACCUUUCCAAUUCAGGAUUAUAUGGUCAGAUACCUCCUAGCAUCAGUAAACUAGUGAACCUUCUCUCAUUGGAUCUUUCAACAUACAAUACUGAUUAUUAUUCUGGCGGUUUUUAUGGUUCAAACUCUUAUGAUUAUUAUAACAAUUUAUGGGAAUCAAGUUUUGAUACCUUUGUGGCAAACCUCAGCAACUUAAGAGAGCUCUACCUUGACUCAGUGGAUUUGUCUAAUAGUGGAGAAGAGUGGGGCACAUCUCUUGCUGCAUAUGUUCCUCAACUUCAGGUACUUAGUUUGGCUGAUUGUCACCUGAGUGGUCCUAUUCAUAAAGCGUUCUCGAGACUCCAUUCUCUUGUUGUGAUCAACCUCCAAGAAACCUCCAUUUAUGCAAGUGCUGGUCCAUUUCCAGAGUUCUUCAUGGAUUUUCCCAAUUUAACCGUGCUUCAACUUUCUGGGAUAAAUCUUGAGGGGCGGUUACCCUCUAGACCCUUUCAAUCGAAAAAUCUAAGGGUCCUCGAUUUGUCCUAUAAUAUGAAUCUCUCAGGCCAUGUGCCAAACUUUUCUAAUGCCAGCUCUUUAGAGACUUUGAGACUUGAUAGGACCAACUUUGUAUAUGCCAUACCAACGCCUUCUAGUAAUUUCACGUCGUUGAAGGAGUUGGGCCUUAACAGGAAUUUAAUUUCUAUGGAUUUUCUCUCUGCAUUUGGUAGACUUGAGUCUCUACACCAGUUGGACCUUGAUUGUUUUUUGGAUAAUGAGUUGGACCACGAUUUGGACUCAGGAAGCGACUUAGGUCCAAUUUUCUCAUGGAUUGGCCAGCACAAAAACCUAACAAGUUUGGGACUCUUUGGAUGUAACUUCUCUGGGGCAGUUGGAAACCUCACGGGCUUGCAAACACUUGAAAUGCAUGAUUGCAACACAUAUGGCUCCAUGCCAUCUUCUAUCGGCAACCUCACAAAUUUGAGAAACUUGUAUAUAUCAUCUAGGUUUUCAGGACCAAUGCCAGCUGCAAUUGGUGAACUCACAAAUUUGAGAAACUUGUAUAUCGAGGGUGCUAGGUUUUCAGGACCAAUGCCAGCUGCAAUUGGUGAACUCACAAAUUUGAGAAACUUGUAUAUGAACAAUCCUGGGUUUUCAGGACCAAUGCCAGCUGCAAUUGGUGAACUCACAAAUUUGAGAAACUUGUAUAUCGAGGGUGCUGAUUUUUCAGGACCAAUGCCAGCUGCAAUUGGUGAACUCACAAAUUUGAGAAACAUGUACCUCCAGCAUUCUGGGUUUUCAGGUUCAAUGCCGGCUCCAAUUGGCAACCUCACUAACUUGGAAGCCAUGGAAAUUAGUGGUCGUCAGAUUUCUGGGUUGAUACCUAAUGCAAUUGGGCAGCUCAAUAAGUUGAGAUGGUUAGUUCUUCAAGAUUGCAAUUUUUCCGGAAGCAUACCAAGCUCAAUAGUUAAUUUGACCCAGCUAACAAUGCUGGAUCUUUCUUUUAAUUCUCUCAACGGACUAUACACCGGGUAUCAUAAAUCAUAAUACCAUAAAAUUAUGAUCCAUGAUGGGUCCGGAUCAUUUCAGCUUCAUGGGUCCUAGGAUUAUGAAAUUCUAUGGCCCGUAGGUGCACUAAAUUCUUCCGGUAGUCCUUAAACUUGCACACACUAAUCUCACCCAUCCCACUAUUAGCAAAUUAAUGUGUUGAACCAGCAUGAAACCAUUGCCUAACACGUGGCACAACAAAGACGAGGGGGCUGGGGAAAGUAAUUUGCAACAAGUGCAAGGGUCGGCGAGGUUACCACACAAGUUUUGGCCAUUUAUUUUGAGACUACUAAUGCAAUUUUCUCAAAAUAAAAUAAAUAAACUUGGGAUAUAUAUUUCUAUGGUACGAUAUCAUCUUUUACUUUUCUCGAGAAAGGGUCAAGUAUUCAUGUUCUGAACAAAAUAGGAGGUAGCAUCUUCUAAUUUCAAUUUGUAGAAGGGGAAACACUUUCUAACUUAAUGUUUUCUAUUGUCC